CUUGUCCUCAGUAUCUCGUCAAGAUGAAACCGAUUCCCACACUCGGACUGCUGCUCCUUGUUUGCUCAACAGCUUUGGCGAGCGGCGGCGACAAGGAUGGAUUCAAUCUUUUCAAAGACUACUUGAGAAAUGGAAAAGAAUACGACUCGCUGCUCUCCGGCGAAGUCUCUCCCAAGUUUUUGUACUUCUACAGGGCGCCUCCUUCGCUCCUGCUCCCAGAGGGUGGCGGCAGCUCGAAGAGGAACCAAUUUUGGCGCAGUGUGGGGCGCAAGGACUUGGAGGAGGAAGGGCCGCAGGAGUCCCAAGGCGCCGCUCGAGUUCUGGCGGUGUCUCGGCCCAUCGCAGCUCGGACCUUCCUCGCCAAAAGAGACGUGGGCAGCAUCGAGGAGCAGAGGUCGAGGGAUUUGGUCAAGAGGGCGUUAUUUUCGUGGCCAGCUGAGCCCCGCAGACCCGAAGAGAUAAGAAUCAAGACGGCGGCCACGGACGGAUAUUGAUUAACAAUAAAGAAGGCUCUUUCUCACCCAGCAGGUGAUGCAUUGUUGUGAAGCAACCCGAGCUCUGUGUGCGUUUUAUUAUUUGCCACACCUCUCAACCCGCCCGCCGCU